AUGGCCCGCAAGGAUGUGGAACGAGCUUUUGAGGUGUUGCAAGCAAAAUGGGCGAUAACUCAAGGACCCGUACGAUUCUGGGAUGAAGAAACUAUUACAAACAUCUUGAAUUGUUGCAUUAUACUGCAUAACAUGAUAAUCGAGGAUGAGAGGCAUGCUAAUAUCGAGCCUUGGCAGCCCGUAGCUAGUGAAAUUAUACCAGAUGGUUUACUGGAGCAUGACGAGCAACUACUAGGAUGCUUCAUACGCUCACCAAUGGAACAAGUACGUGAUCGGUCCAUUAACGGUAUGCUUAGGCAUGACUUAAUGGAAAAUUUAUGGUCCAACUUUGGGGGAGAAAAUACUCUCAUGUAA